AUGUCGUCAGCUACAUCCUUUUACGACUUUGAGCCGGUUGACAAGAAAGGACAGCCCUUCCCUCUCACCUCGCUCCAGGGCAAAGUCGUCCUGGUCGUCAACACGGCAUCAAAAUGCGGUUUCACCCCGCAGUUCGCCGGUCUCGAGGAGCUCUACAAGUCAAUCAGCUCCUCGCACCCGGAUAAGUUCACCAUACUAGGCUUCCCGUGCAACCAGUUCGGUUCUCAGGACCCCGGAAGCAACGAUGAGAUUCAGACAUUCUGCCAGGCCAACUACGGCGUCACAUUCCCGGUUCUCGGCAAGAUAGAUGUCAACGGUGACAACACUGCGCCAGUAUACAACUGGCUGAAGAAGGAGAUGCCUGGCAUCAUGGGUCUGAAGAGAAUUAAAUGGAACUUUGAGAAGUUCUUGGUCGACGCCAAUGGAAAGGUCGUUGGGCGAUGGGCGAGCACCACGAAACCCGAGUCUCUCAAGAGCACCAUCCUGGCUGAGAUUGAGAAAGCUGGAAAGGCCUCUCAGCUGUAG